GAGAUAAUGAGGGAGGACGUCAUUCGUCAAGAUGUUGAAGCUGUGUGCGUGUUGUCUACUAGUCGCUGGGUUGUGCUCAUGUAACUGCCUAGAAGUUGGAGGAUCUGAAAACAACCUCGCCGCGAAGUCUGUCCACCUCAGCACCUCAGAUGGAAGGAUGGUUGAUGAUGAGGUGAUGAAUAGAGUUUCAGAUCUCGAUGUAGAAGAAGAUGGUGACGACGAAAACAUAAAUGUGCUCGAUAUAAAAGGACUACGCCGAUGUGGAAAUAACCUUUGCUGUAAAAUGCCUGCAUAUUGCUGUUCCGGUCCCGCCUGCUGCAAGAAUAAAAGGUACACCAAUUUUUAUGAUAAUUUAUUUACUUUAUUUAUAUUUUUUCGAUAAUUUUAAUCUUCUCAAUAUGUUCUGUCCACAGGAGGUUUCCACCACUUCCAUGCUGAAUUUAAGAAUUUUAUACUUUUUUUAUAUUUUAUAAUCUUUCGAUACAUAUAUGUUAUGAAUUUUAUAUAAUUUUAUCGAUAUUUUUAUUAAUAUAUUGCAUCAUCAUAUAACAAUUCAUGUGUUUUAUUUAAUUACAUUGUACCAUAAUAAAAUUCAGUGAAAUAUUGCAUAUUUAACAGUUUCAUAUAUUUUUGUAUUUAAUUUUAACUUAAUUUAAUUUAAUUUAUUUAUUUGGUAUUUUGUUGCCU